CAACCAGGGUUCAAAUCCAGCCACACAACAGCUCCACUUACCAACCAACAGUCCAGAUUAUUCCUCCCAAUCACAUCCGACGGCUUGCGGUAGCUCACGAAGAACAGGGGUUAGGGCGUUUUCUCCGUCUCUCGUGAAUCGUGAUCUCUUCGUUUAAUCGGAUAGGUGAAUUUAGGGUUAGGGUUUUGAAUUGUAUGGAGAUGGAUUACGUGUCGGAGUUCCCUCUUUCACACAUUGAUCGGCGUCCAAGAAAACGCCCCAGGUUUGCUUGGGACCCCCCUCAGCCUCACCCAAAGGCUCAGUCAGGAAUAUAUUAUGAGCAAGAUGUUGGAAAUGGGACAAGCAUUGGACAUACGAGAGUACUUCCAGACCAUCCUAGUGUUUUUGUAAAGGGGUUGACUCAAAAAGGCUCUCCCCCGCGGCGAGAUGAUGACAAAGAUGGACAUUACAUGUUUGCGCUCGGAGAAAAUUUAACAUCUCGCUAUAAGAUCCACCGAAAAAUUGGUGAAGGAACUUUUGGUCAGGUUUUGGAAUGCUGGGAUAGGGAAACAAAAGAAAUGGUAGCUAUAAAAGUUGUCAGGAGUAUCAAGAAAUACCGUGAAGCGGCAAUGAUUGAAGUUGAUGUGCUACAGUUGCUUGGGAAGUAUGACAGAAAUGGAAGUCGUUGUGUUCAAAUACGGAACUGGUUUGACUAUCGUAACCAUAUAUGUAUCGUAUUUGAGAUGCUUGGGCCAAGCUUAUACGAUUUCCUCCGGAAAAAUAAUUAUCACGCAUUUCCGGUUGAUCUUGUCCGCGAACUUGGCAGGCAACUGUUGGAAUGUGUAGCAUUCAUGCAUGAUAUGCGUCUCAUCCAUACCGACCUGAAGCCUGAGAACAUACUAUUUGUUUCCUCAGAAUACAUUAAAGUACCCGACAAUAAGUUUACAUCCAGGCCACCAAAAGAUGGAACCAGUUAUAAAAGGUUGCCAAAGUCUAGUGCUAUCAAAGUUAUUGAUUUUGGCAGCACAGCCUAUGAGCAUCAAGAGCACAAUUACAUUGUGUCGACAAGGCACUACCGGGCACCUGAGGUUAUUCUGGGACUUGGAUGGAGUUAUCCAUGUGACAUAUGGAGUGUUGGUUGUAUCUUGGUAGAGUUGUGUUCGGGAGAAGCUUUGUUUCAGACACACGAGAACUUGGAACACCUAGCUAUGAUGGAGAGGGUUUUAGGUCCAAUGCCACAUCACAUGUUGAAAAGAGUGGACCGUCAUGCUGAGAAGUAUGUCAGACGGGGUAGAUUGGACUGGCCAGAAGGUGCAACUUCUCGAGAAAGUAUUAAAGCUGUUUUAAAGCUACAUCGCCUCCAGAAUAUAGUGAUGCAGCAUGUCGAUCAUUCAGCUGGUGAUCUCAUCGACCUCCUGCAAGGUCUCCUUAGAUUUGACCCUUCCAGCAGGCUAACAGCUCCCGAAGCCCUUAGACAUCCCUUUUUUACCAGGGAUCAUUACCGGAGGUUUUAGCCAGUUGGAAAAUUCAUUCUUGCAUUGUUAGUAGGUUUGCUUGGAGUGCAUUACGGAGUAGUGGCUUAUUGAAGAGCGGGGUUUUCUUGCUUUCCGGAUUGUCAUUUCUUGGCAUACACAAACAUGAAGGGGCUCGCCGGGAGCCCUGGAUUUCUGUACUCUGACAUUUACGCGAAAGCUAAUGGAAAUAUCCUGUUCUCAUCAGUUUCUCCUUGUUCGAUUUUGUACCAUGAAGAUGAAAUGUAACAAGUUUUCGAUACAAUAAGGUGUGAUGCGCUUUCUGAACGAGUUUGGCAGUCGCCCUGUGUAUUUGUUUGUUCAUGUUUUCUCAGUAUACUAUCACUCUGUAACAUGUUUCACGUAUUGCAAUAAAUAUCAUUCUUCUUGUC